AUGAGGCAACUUUUUCACUGGUGUGUUCUCCUCGGCGCAAGUUGUGGAGCAAACAUCGCAGAUUAUGUGGCCCGAAAGGCAGUCGAGGCUGGGAAGCUAUUAGACCCCGUCAAAGUGGUCGCGCAGGUUCUAAUGUACCCAUUCUUCAUUGGCAAUGUCCCAACUCAAUCCGAAAUACAGCAAGCAAACUCCUACUUCUACGACAAGCCGACGUGCCUGCUUGCCUGGAAACUCUUCUUACCUGAGGAAGAGUUCAGCUUAGACCAUCCUGCCGCAAACCCUUUAGUACCUGGAAGGGGCCCGCCAUUGAAUUGUAUGCCCCCGACUUUGACUGUGGUCGCGGAGCACGACUGGAUGAAGGACCGCGCAAUCGCUUACUCCGAGGAGCUCCGGAAGGUGAAUGUUGAUGCACCGGUCCUUGAAUACAAGGACGCAGUCCAUGAGUUUGCAACACUUGAUAUCCUGCUCAAGACGCCGCAAGCUCAGGCCUGUGCCGAGGAUAUUGCUAUAUGGGUCAAGAAGUAUAUAUCUUCUCGCGGACAUGAGUUCUCGUAUUAGAUAUUGUAGAUUAGACGGUACCGGUUUUUUCAAACCAUUU